GGAGAGGCAUUUGUUAUUAUGGCAUUGGCGUAGUAGGGAGUUCGUGCCACACAUGAAGUACAGUAAUACUUUCAGACUGGAAAUACACAGGGUUAUAUUUUUUUUAAGCCGUUAACGUAUGCGGAAUACUGGAAGCACUCAUUUGGAGUUUCGUAUUAUUAUUCUUUUACGCGAAAUGUGUGUGUGCGCUAACAGGCUAGUGCGUUGUUUGUUUUCGGUCAUCUGGGUAACGCUGUUUAACAUUUUAACUACGAAGUUCAGCUAGCAAGUUCAUUUUCUUUUCUCGCUUGCCAACAAACUCUUUGGGCAAUGCUAUAAUGUAUAGUAGUUUGCCAUCGCUGAAGUGAAACCUGUCACAUAUUGGAAACUUUUGAAGUAGCUAGCUAGCGAGAAGCUUGUAAUGGUAAGAAUCAACGUCUGCAAGUUGGGCUAGCUUUCUAACUUCGCGAAGAUCUUCAUGUAAGUUAUCGUGUAUAUCGUGGACUUACAGUAAUGGAUUGCACAUUACAUUUUUGACUUCAUUGUGACUUGCAAUGGGACUUAACGAGGCCUAUCGACCCUUUAAACGGAUUCACUUAGGUAAAGACAUACUACCAGGCUUGCCUUACACCACCGCCGCCUCCUGCCUGUCAAAGAUGUGAAAGGUCCGCCGCGGAGUCCUGCACCACCAACGUCACCUGCUGCAUCAGUAGACAUGGAUCGGAACAAGCGUAACUCCAUAGCCAGCUUCCCCACGCGGGCCGACCGCCCGGAGGAGCGGGACGUGGGGGUGGGGGUGGGGAUGGGGGGCGUGGAGACGGGCCAGCUGGACCGCGUGUGCCCGUCGUCCUACCGCGCCCUCAUCAGUGCCUUCUCACGCCUGACCCGCCUGGAUGACUUCAUCUGCGAAUGGAUCGGCUCCGGCUUCUUCUCGGAAGUCUACAAGGUACGUCACCGCGCCUCAGACCAGGUGAUGGCUCUGAAGAUGAACAAGCUGAGCAGCAACAGGGCCAACAUGCUGCGGGAGGUGCAGCUGAUGAACCGACUCUCCCACCCCAACAUCCUCAGAUUCAUGGGUGUUUGUGUCCAGGAAGGUCAGCUCCAUGCCCUGACAGAGUACAUAAACGGCGGCAACCUGGAGCAACUGCUGGACAGCAACAAGUACCUGAGCUGGACGACUCGGGUGAAGCUGGCCUGUGAGAUCGCCAUGGGCCUGGGCUACCUGCACUCCAAAGGCAUCUUCCACAGGGACCUGACCUCCAAGAACUGCCUGAUAAAGUCCGAUGAGAAUGGCUACUCUGCAGUAGUUGGAGACUUCGGCCUUGCUGAGAAGAUCCCCAGUGAUGAUGUUGAAGGUGAGAAGCUUGCUGUGGUGGGAUCUCCAUUUUGGAUGGCACCAGAAGUGCUGCGAGAUGACCCUUACAAUGAGAAGGCAGACGUCUUCUCCUACGGUAUAAUCCUCUGUGAGAUUAUAGCACGCAUACAGGCCGACCCAGACUUCCUGCCUCGCACAGAGAACUUUGGCCUGGACUAUCAUGCCUUUCAGCACAUGGUGGGAGACUGUCCCCCCGACUUCCUCCAGCUGGCCUUCGACUGCUGCAACAUGGACCCGAAGCUGCGGCCGUCCUUCCCGGACAUCGUGAAGCGGGCCGAGGAGAUGCUGGGCCACUUGCGGGUGGAGGAGGCCGAGCGAGAGCGCAUCCACCCCUCUGUAGAGGCCGACAAGAAGACCAUCCCCAAAGGUCCAGGCGAUAAGCUUCAGGGUAUGAAGAGGCUAAACCCACUGGGCUUCCAGGACGACAAGAUCCCUCCCAAGUCCCCCCGUCCUCGCCGCAACAUUUGGCUGUCGCGCAGCCAAUCGGACGUCUUCUCUCGCAAGCCCGGCCGCAAAGUCAACGUGCAGGACCCGUACUACAACCCGGGACCUAAGGGGAGCGGCCGGGGAGGGGCGCCCAAAAUUAACCCCUUCAGUGCCCGGGAAGACCUGAAGGGCGGCAAGAUCAAGUUCUUCGACGUGCCCAGCAAGUCGGUGUUCUCGCUGAUGUUCGACCUGCACUCGCCUCAGGGCAGCCUGAGAGGGUCGCUCUCCCAGCAGCAGCAGCAGCAGCUCCCGCCCGGCGCCGUCUCCACGGGCAACCCGUGCGGCAUGGCGGCGCUCUCCGUGGCCUGGCCGGAGCCCUGGCAGCUGCCCGGCCGGCAGUGCCGCUCGCUGCCCGUCUCGCCGCAGCUGCCCCCGUGCGAGGCCUUCUGCGCGCCGCCCGCCGGCUCCAAUGCCCAGCGGCCCGAGCAGGCACAGCAGCAGCAGCAGCAGCAGUCGGGCGCCGCCGACGCCAAGCAGAGGCCGCUCAGCAGCUGGGCCAAGAAGUACGCCGUGUCGGACAUCCCUCCCUUCCGGCCGCGGGCCGGGCGGGAAGAAGAGGCGGAGGGCGGGAGCAACGGAGACACGGAGGCCGAGGCCGAGGCCAUGGACUGCUCCAGCGGCCGGCCCAGCCCGGAGACGGCCGAGGAGACGGAGGAGGAGGAGGAGGAGGAGGAGGAAGGGGAGGCGCGCAAUGCCAGCGGCCUGCCCAACGGCAACGGGGCCUGCGUGGACAUGGAGGCGGAGGACGAGGAGGAGCGGAUGAUGGGGCUGCCCGCCCUGCCCCCCGCGACCGCCCUCACCCUCGGCGCGGGCACGCAGCAUCAGGAGCUGCGCCCGCUCGUCCUCACGCCAGGCACGCCGCCGCUGGGGCCCUCGGGCGUGAUCUCGCGCUGCGACAUCUGACCACCUCACGAGAAACAGGACUGAGCACCAGAGAACAAGCGAGAGAGAGAGAGAGAGAGAGAGAGAGCGCCUCCUGCUGUUUAAUAUAGGGAUAGUACUGCAGUCUUAAAAUGCAGAGAGAUUAUUUUUCACACAAAUCAUGAGUAUUUAAUAUUUUGGAAGAAACAAAUACUUUGUGUAAAUAUGCGGCAAGAAAGAAAUUUAAGCUUGGACUUUUGGACUGAAGGAUUGGGGUCUGAGGAGAUAUGUGGAGAGCCAUUGUGUGAGGUCGCAGGUCCAGGUGAAAUGUCGACAUUUUCAGAAACCAGUUUAACCGUGUGAACUUUUCAACUCCAGACCGAUUGUUUGAAUGUAACAACACAUUGUAACAUCCUAUAAAAGCACUAUCAAUGACUUAAUAUCUAACUCAGCACUUUCAACGUUUGACACGUUAAGUUGCAUAACCCUAUCCUGCUCUCUCUUACUACCGAGCAAUGGCUGUAACAGCUAGAAACACCUGCCCCACAGCAGCUCAGCGAAUAGCCAUUUAGCAUGUAGCUGUUCUGUUUCCUAGGGUGCUUGAGCACAUAGCGACAAGUCAUACAUUCCAGAGAUGGAUUUUGUUCAUGAGGACACGGCUCCUUCACCGUCCCGAUAAGCUUUACGAAAAAAAAAGUAUGUUCAUAUUGGUCUGAUUGUUUGUAUAAAGAUGAUCCAGUGGUACCCAGUACCGCCAUCACUGCUGAUGUACUGAACUGUGGAGGACUGUUGAUCACGGCCUGGGAGAGCUUGACUGGUCCCCAGCCUGUUCACUCUCCGGACUGAGUCACACACACACACACACACACACACACACACACACACACACACACACACACACACAGAGCACACAGAGCACACAGAGCACACUGAUUUGUCAUGGCUUGGAUCUCUCACACAGGGUCACGCUCUCUCCUUCAGGACCCGUAGUCACAUCUUCAGCCAUGUGCCGAUCUGUUCUGUAAUUACUUAAAUUUUAACUUGCACUUGAAAAGAGAAAUGAUUGGUGUAACUUUUUUUCCCUGUCUAUUUUUGUUGUCACUACAUUUCUAUGCAAUGAAUAUAACAAGGCAGGCUAGUUUUAAAGAGAAUCUAUUUUGAUAUUUAAAAAAGAUGUCUUAAAUCUGUGUCUACAGAGUUUGUGGAAAGCAUGUUAUUAAUGCAGCUUGGUUAAAAUGGGGAUUUUAUUGAUGUAAAAAAUCAGUUUUGUUGGAUACGUAUACAGUGCUUCUUUUUGUCCUGACUGUUUUGCGUCAAUUUUUAACCGUAAUACAGAUGUAUAUUUUAACCAAAGACAGAUCAGGACAAAGUUUUCCAUUCAUUUGGCUUUAAUUUUAUAAAUGUACACCCAU